AUGAUUAUUGUCCAGGAGCUCGCGCUCCUCGAGCUUUCGUUUUUUGCCUGCUGGACCACGUCGUUCACGGUGUUGCCCAAUGGGGACCACCAGCUCCUUUCUUCGGCGAUCCGCUCGCCACUCCUCCGGGCAGCUCGCUGCGCCCUCUCGUCGUUCCGCCCGCCCUCCGGGGUCUCUUACGCGGUGAUCCGCUCACUGCUUCCUUCUCAACCCGGCCCCCCGCUCGGCCGCAUCAUGCUCACUCCAUCCCUUCUCCUCGGGCCGGCCCGCCCGCCCUCGAUGGAUCCGCUCGCCAUCACUCCUCCUUUGGGCCCGGGCGCCGGUGCCGGCCCCCGUUUGGGUGCAAUCACUUCCCUUUGGGCCGAUCCUCACGCUCAGCCUCCCGAGCCUCCGGCUCUCCGCUUCACUCUCCUUCCUGGCUUGAGCUCGGCCCACCGGUCGCGCGAGAGAGCGCACAGCGAGCAGAGACACGCAGGCAGCGGGCGCAGAGAGAUCGACAAGAUCGUCUCAUACUAG